AUGUAUCGUGGACCACGUCGUCGAGAGACAAUACGCGAAGAUGCAACGAAGGCGGAUCAGACCGUUCGAUUAGAAGUCGAUUUUAAUGAGCCCAGCUCACGCUCUUGGGACGUAGAGAAGGGCCGUAACGAAGUUUCGCAUGCUCAGCAAGAGAAAACAUCGAAAAACAACCAGACUAGAGGUCCACGUAGUUUUGUCACGUCGUUCUUUUCGACUCGCCAACUCUCGAGGCAGUCAAGCCAGGAGGUGGUGAGAUUAAUAUCGAAAACGAAUUCCGGUGCAGGGCUUGCACCAAACCAUGCGUGGCUGCACCUGGAGGAUGACUCGAUCACCAUGUCUGACUUUACGAAUGAAGCCCUUGGAAUGAUUGCAGAUCCUGAGUACCGUAGUUUAGUAGGCCAGUUACUCAGACGAGUACAAAAAACAAGCGAGAAGAGCUUUGCGCACGGACGGUUCUUGAAGCCAACGACAGCUGUAAGCAAUGCGAGGGAUCGGUCGAAGCGUGUUACCUUCUUUUCGUUGCCGUACUUCUCAGUAGAGCCUCAGCGAACAUACAAUUUUGACAAGCACUUUCCCGGUCACCCCGUACGCUCGUUAAUGCAAUCUAUGUAUCGGCUUGAAUCAACAAGGCAGCGCGACUCAACGCAGAUCAUUUCACAAAAAGAGUACAACCGCAUGGCUGUCCAUGUGCCUGAUCUAUGGGCUCUCAUGAUUGGAAAACGCAUUCUAAUAACUCGAAGUCCGACCAAUUUGAAGGCACUUCAAGGGCAGACCAUAGCUAUUCAAUCGUUUUCAAAAUCAUUCAAAGAUCAACACGACACUGCUGUGCAACUCACAGAUUUGAGCAACAACAUGUACUAUAUACCAAGCGAUCUUUGCCAAUCGUAUUACGAAUUCGUCAGCCACGUCGUCACUCGAUGUCUUCGAAUAGGUGGAUUUCCUCAGGAGGAGAGAAAUUAUCGAUCAAGUCCGUCCCUUUGGUUCUACGACGAGUCUGAUAAUAUUAUCGAAGAGCAGUCAUGGGCAACUUUCUUGAAGGGCCAAUCUGAUAAUGCCCUGUUGAGGCUUCGACUGGGCGCAAGGUCAAACUCGAAAGAUGGUGUCAAACACAAAAGGAACUCGCAGGCUGAUCAAAAUGCUGAGAUACCAUCAGAAAGUGACCUAAGUUCAGAUCAGUCCUCACGAGCGGGGCGGUCAUCUUCGGGCUAUUCCUCUCCCAGAAGUCGACACAGAGACGAGACGGAUGGCUUGGCGGACGUAAAAACCGAGCUGAGCGACUUGUACGACUCGUUAGAAGACGCGAAAACUGUUGAUGACUAUGAAACUAUUUAUGCUGUAGAGUCUCGUCAGCUACCUAAAGCUGAAGCCGGAUAUUUAGCCGUUCUGGAUCGAAUCUAUGAAAACAACGUCGAAGUACCAGCUGAUACCACCUCGAAAGCGACUCGGCGUGCAAGUAUUGGAAAUCCUUCUACAAUUUUUGACAAAGCGCGACGUCUGAAUAAGAAUUUGCAACGGAAAACAGCAUUGGAAUUGGAGAUGGAGAAUCGUUUCAUGGAUGUCACCAGCCUCUCCAAGGGUCUCAGUGCCUGGAGCAGCAUGACUGCAGUCAACAUACAGAAAGAUAGUUUGACCAACAGCACUUCGAAUUCAUCUUCAGAAGAAAAGGAAGGAUUAGUGGACGAGAGCAUAUGGAAGGAGCACGGGAGACGCAACAGAAGAGCACGAGGUCCUCACGCUCAGUACAUUCCGUCAAAGGAAGCCGUCAAACUCAAAGUACAGCAGAUUACCCCUCAGACAUUUUCAGUCCAGGAAUAUAGUUUGGUAGAGAAUGGAGAUAUCCUUGUAAAGGCAGGAGCAUCAUCGAUCAGGGUAAAGAAACGAUUGAAUGAAAUUCUAGCGAAAGCAGCCCGACUUCUUGAGAGAGAUAGCCGGGGUACGCCUUUUUUCGGCUGGCCUGUAGGCUUGGAAGUUCGCGUCGGUACAGAGGACGAAACAACGCAGGAUCGUCAGUCUCCACCUAGUCUUGACACUCAAGUAGCCACACAAAGAAAUAUGAUGACUAUAGUGUUGGACGACAUCGACCGCCUCUGCCGGCUUGAUGAGAAGCGAAAUUGGACAUCCGACCUCGCAAGCAAGAUUCUAUACAAGCGCGCACCGACGAAGACUUUAUCCGACAUCGAGGUUCGGCUCGAAAUGCUGAGAACACAUUUGCCAGAGUCAGAAACGCUCUCGAACUUCAGAAAAAUGCUGUUUUCAUUAAGUAAGAAAAUUUUGAGCUUUUUCGUCUUUCAGGAUAUAGAUGAUCCGGUGGUUGGUAGGUAUUGGGGUGCAAUCCAUGUUUUGCUCGACAAUGUGAAGGAUGAGGAUCAGAUGGGUGAACUCAUUGAAAAGAUGCUGAAAAUAAUGAAAGCACUACAAGAGCUCCAGGAAGGAUCUCUGAACCCCGACAGACUGCUCCCAAAAGCGUAUCGCAUUCCUCGCACCUUACCAAAAGUCUUUAGGGAUCUCACUUUGUUUUUAAUAUUUUACAGCGCAUCAAUUGCUCGCGUGGCGUCGCCUGAUACGCAUAACCAGGUAGUGCAAGUGGAAUCCGAUAAACCGUCAUUGUUUGCGCAAGCUCAAGUUUUCGUGACCUAUAGAAGAUGCCGUGAUUCUAUUCAGCAGUCGAAAGCCGAAAUCGUAGUGAUCCUCAGCGAGAACAAGGCUGCUCUCAGAAGAGGGAAUUACGAUUUAGUGUCAGGGGAAGACAUCGCAGUUUUAGCCAUUUCAGCCUUGCAAAAUCAGCUGAUUACAGAACAAGGCGACUUUUACCUUACAGAUCUCUACGCCGAAUACGCAACUAGAAUGGUAAGGAAUAAAAUGACUUCAAGGGAAAGGCUAACCUUUGAAAAGCAAUAUGUCGCGGGCAAGAAGGCCAGCGUACGAAGAUACGAUGAUAUCAAUAGAUUUCGAGAAGAAAUUGAAGCCAUCAGGGCUGUUCUAGCCCAGCAGUACGACAAAUUGGGCGACCUUUUAAAUUUAUUUCACAAACAGCCCGCAAGGAUCGCCACUGCACUGAAAGACAACAAAGAGCAACGCGACUCAAGGAUAGACACCAUUCGCCACAACAUGACAGACAAAUUGAGAAACCAGAUUCAGCAGCGUUUGGAAAAUUUCGACGACCUUUUGGAGCAAGUCGACAGAAUUCAAACUCUGGCAGCACAAUCGAUAUCCCUAAAAGUCGAGUCAAACAACCGGGCUGUCCUCAUUUUUACCCUAGUGACGAUCAUAUUCCUUCCUUUGUCAUUCGUCACGAGUUAUCUGGGCAUGAACACCUCAGAUAUUCGUGACAUCAAUCGGAACCAGGGCCUCUUCUGGAUUAUAGGAGCUCCGCUGGCCGUUGUUGUCGUUCUGGCCACAACCGCAAUUGGAUAUUACGAACGCAUAAGUCAGCAUGUCGCCAAGAUCACCCUCGCAGCAACAGGUACCACUGCUGUAAAGAGCAUUCAUGUUUUAGGCGAGAGACAAAACCAAGCUACCGACUCCAGCCUUUUCGCAGAGACCAAUGAGACUGCACAAGCUAGCAAUGACCUUACCUUUCAACAGAACGUCGCCCGUGGUAUUGUUCGCACCCGCGCAAAGUACCCUGCCGCUGAGCUAGUUGAAGUCACUGUGCAGCCUCGCGCCCUCUCUCCCGCCGCCUCCGCCCAAUCUCUCAAGAUUGGACUCACUCUUCUCUUGUACAAUCCAGCUAAAGAAGAAUUCAUCGAAGAAAAAGCGACCACCGAUAACGCCAAGUGGGGCGAGUGGCAGGACCCGGAGGUGCGGCGGGAGGCCUCCAUCGGGCUCCUGAGUUACGAUUGGAAUAUUCUGAAUUUCGACUUGAUUGAGGCGGCGGAUCGGUGCAAGAGGGCUGGGUACAGGGGAGCAUGGGAGCACGUCACGGUGUCGAAGCGCGUCAAUACGCUCGACGUGGUGUACACGUUCUGGCAGGCACGGACAGAUAUAAACUUGAAAGCUGUGCUGGUGGAUGCGAUGACGGGGGAAGUCGCACCGUAUUAUGCGAGGUCGGACGUGGCUAGUGCAUGA